UCCUCAGUAGCCAUAGAAAGUUAGUGUAAAGAGGAAGGUGAUUUGCAAUGAGAAGACCCUCUGGCACUACUUAUUAAACAUGGGCUGCUGCUUCAGUAAAGAAUUGAGUAACAGCACGAGUGAGGAGAAAACCAGCUUGUUACAAAAAUCUGUGGAAGAGGAAGCACCAAAGUCAAGGAUAAGUAAAACUUUAUCUUCAAUUUUUGGAACUGUGAAAAGCCAGGAUCUGCAUACAGUGGGAAGGACAGUUAAUGGGGCAGCUGUGACAGUCAGCAUUGAACGUGUUUGUAGUGAUGAUUGCGCAGUGUCAGAUUCUAAAUCUGGUUUUUGGGGUAGAAAAGGAAAAUAUUCGUCAUAUAACAGCAUGGGGAAUACUCCCCACGCGAGCCCUAGGAGGACGUAUGGCAGACCUUUUAGCUUCUUUAAUUCCUUUAGUCACCUCUUGAAAGUCUCUGGUACGUAUGGAAAUCUGCAGAGAAGUGAAGAAAAGAAAGAUAAGAUUAUUAAAAAAAGAGCACCUAAAAAACUUAAUAGUAAUGGUCAGCAUGUGAACAAUAUAGAAAAGAAUAAUAGCAAUAUUAAUAAUGAAAAUGCAGCUUCACAAGAGCAUUGCUUGUUUGAUCAUAUUUCUAAUUCACAUGUAGCAGAUAUCGUAGACAAAGGCUUACAGAGUGAAAUUUCCUUAAAUAGAAAUUCCCUGGAGGAUUAUGCACUUACAUGUGACCAUUCAAGGCAAAAUGAAACAACAGUAAAUGCUGAAGACAGCAAGAGUGACAGCUUACAGAAAGUUUCAAGUUCAUAUAGAGAGUUGUCUUCAACAUUUUCCUGUCUUGAUGUAGACAACAGUCAAAAUGUGAAAGACAAGGAGUUUUACAGCAUUUGUGUUGUAGAUGCCGAAGAUCUGAAAGGGGAUGAAGAGGUGCCAGCUACUGUGCAUGAAGAGCCUGCAGCAGACGUAGAUAACUCAGCUGUUACUGAUGAAGGAAUGUGCACCAUGGCACGACCUCUAGACAGAGGGAAGGAAUUUCCAGUGCAACAAUUGGCACAAGUGGAAGCUAAGUUUAAUUCACAGAAAGAACUGUUUGAGUAUAAAAAAGAGGAUAGAUCAAACAUGGAGAAAAAGGAUACAAAGGAAUAUUGUAGCCUAGACAUCCAGUGUUCUUUUGAUAACUUACUGACUGACAGGUGUCAGGUGCAGAGGUUAAAUACUGACAGUACAGUAACAGAUGCAUUAAAAGCAAAAGUGCCUGGUGAAAUCAUCCCUGAGAAUCAGCAAGAGGAGGUAUAUAUCAUGGGUAGUGCUGCCAGUUGGAAUGAACCACUGCAUACUGCUUGUGAUUCUGUAAAGCCUGUGGAUGCUGCUGGAGAGGACCAAUACAGCCCUAACUCAGAAAAAGUGAAAAACAGUGAUAAUAUUUCCAGUGUAUUGUUAAACGCUGGAGUAUCUAAUUCAGGAAAAACUGAGGGAAGUAAUCAUUCUGAUGUUGUACCACUUGUUGUGCCACUAACUAGGCAUCCCUCAAGUGUAGAGCAAAUAAAUACUAAACAGGUGGUAGACAGCAUAGGGGGUAAAUUUAAAUUAUUGCUAGAGUUUCAUGAAAUGGACGAAGUAGAAAAACUUGAUGAAGAAGUCUGCUUUCUAGAGCCAGAAAGUGAACUAAACUCAAAUGUGGAAAAGAAAACACUUGAAAGAACAUAUGGUGAUAGCCAAACAUUUUCACCAGACUGUAGUGAACAUCACAGCAGUUUUGAAGAAUCCUUGAAAGAGGGAGAGGAAUGCACUGGUACAGUUUUGCAUAGCUGUGAAGCUUUGAACAUGACUGAAACACAGCUAAACUUGGAGGAAGGCUCUGAUUUUCAAACUCCCAUCAAGGGUUGUACUGAAAUCAGAGCAUCAUCUGAAGCUGCAAUCCACAGUGGCAUGGAGCAGGAUGUCUGUGUGAGUGCCACUGAACUAAAAGGUGACUUUCUUGAGGAAGCUGGUAACUUGAGCAGAACUAGAUCAGGGAUAAGUGAUGGUGCUGUGACAUCUCAUGCACAUAAUCCAAGCACAGAUGAAAUGUUCCUAAAGGAAAACAGCCUAGAGUGUCAGGUUUCACAAGAGUUAGUAGAGAAUAAAGGUAAAGUGUGCAAAUAUUCAAAUUCAGAUAACAAAACCAGUGUCUCUUCUGUGGAAUGUGAGCAUGUGAAUAUAAUAGACAUGAACAGCAGACAAGAUGAACAACAGGAUGUGUGUUCCUUCCACACAGUGGGAAAUCAAUGGACUGCAGAGACUGAGUCAGGUAAAAUAUCUGGGCAUGUAGUAGAAUCUGUAAAACAGACAAAAUUUGAAAGUCAACUAAAUAAGUCCAUUGAUAACAAGGCAGAAAAUGUAAAACAGUAUCUGGAUGCUAACAUUGUUGAUUGUGAUAAAGACAUCUUCAGUUGCAGUGAAGCCUUGCCUGACAGUCAGAAUGCUCCCUCUGACUCCACUGUACCUGCAGUCACAGACAGUUGUAUGUACAGGAGGGUAAAAUUAAAAGAUGCCACUAAAAAUCUGGAAGAUGCCAAUAAACUCUUAAAUAAGGACUGUAACUUUUUGCCUGUAUUGUGUCAAAAUGCAUGUUCUCAUGAGCAUGACAAACCAGCAGAAGAGCCUCAGUUGUGUCACUGUGCCAGUCCAGAGCCAGGAGUUGGGAACACUCAAGUUUCUAUUGGGUCUUUUACUGAGGAACGACCAGAAAUUAAUGAAAAAAGUAUGUGUGAUAUAAAUGAAUGUAAUCUCCAGGAUGGUGAAGUAAACCGGUGUGCCAGCAUCCACGCAAAUGAGAACCUCACUGGUUUUGGUUUAUCAGCUGAGAAUCUAGAACCUUUUACCAAGGGGAAUUUGAAGCAGUUACAAGCCAAGACUACUGAGCUGAAAAACACCAGUUACAUAUUAAAUACUCAGAUGAAUGACUUGACCACAAGCUGGGAACAGAUGCAGCCAGAUCACAGGAUUUUCUCAAACAAAGAGCUUGGAGUUUGUGUUGACCCAAAGCAGGUAGACAAAUAUGCUGCUACUCCUUCCUAUGAAAUACCCAGUGCCUCUCCUGGUGCAGCAGGAUUUCAGCAAGGCAGAGAGCAGUGCGUGUUAGGUCUGAUGGCAGAUGGAUCAAGUGACCAGAAGCAGUCCUGUGACCUGGACGGACAAAAUCCCCACGUUGAAAUGUGGUCACAUUUCAUCAAUCUUCAGGCUGGCAAUGCUGAUUGGACAAAUCAACUGCUUUCUGACACGGUUCCUUCUGGUAAUGGUGAAUAUCUAGUAGGCUUUUUAUGGAAUAAUGCAGCUUCUAAUGAUAACAUGAAGAAUGACAGACUGUGUAUAGUUAAUGGAAACUUCCAGAAUGAACCUGAAAAUUUAACAAGUGCUUCAUAUGCAGUGGAAACAUACCCAUAUCAGCUGCUAGCACCGGAAUAUGCUGGUACGUGGGGAUGGCACAAUAAAGAUGAACUUGAGUCAACCAAGGUUUCUGAGUUAAACCCCAAUGCAAAGGUGUGGGGAAAUCAUAUGUUACACUUGGAAGCAAGUGGUGCCGCUGAUGGUAGUGUGAGCAAAACGUGGGAAGAAAUACCUGACCAGCCUCCAGAUUCCUGUAAAGAAGGACUGGAUGCCAAUGGCGACGGUGACAAAAAGCAUCAGAAUGCGGUGCUGCCGGAGCUGCCGGAGCCGAACCCAGCCGUUCCGGGCUCAGAGCAGGCGGACAUGAACCCUUUGGCUCUCGAUCAUUCCGAGUAUGAGUCUAUGCACGAAACCACCCAGACAGGUGGAAACGAACAGUUGCAGCCAGAAGGUCAGGAAGAUUUACGAGAAUUACUGAAAAAGACACUGGAAUUCUGUUUAUCUAGAGAAAAUCUUGCCAGUGACAUGUACCUUAUAUCACAGAUGGACAGUGAUCAGUAUGUGCCAAUAAUGACAGUAGCAAAUCUUGAUCAUGUCAAGAAACUCAGUACUGAUAUGGAUUUGAUUGUUGAAGUGCUGAGAUCGUUGCCUUUAGUUCAAGUGGAUGAAAAGGGGGAAAAAGUUCGGCCAAAUCAGAAUCGCUGUAUUGUGAUUUUACGUGAAGUACCUGAAUCUACUCCCAUUGAAGAGGUUGAAGCACUUUUCAAAGGAGACAAUUUGCCUAAGUUCAUCAACUGUGAGUUUGCCUAUAAUGACAAUUGGUUCAUCACAUUUGAAUCGGAAGCUGAUGCACAGCAGGCUUACAGAUACCUUAGAGAAGAAGUGAAGACUUUCCAAGGAAAACCAAUUAAGGCAAGGAUAAAAGCAAAGGCAAUAGCUAUAAACACAUUUUUGCCAAAGAAUGGAUAUAGACCUCUGGAUAUGAACCUCUACACACAGCAGCGCUACACAACAUCCUUUUACAUACCUCCAGUAUACAGUCCCCAGCAGCACUUCCCACUGUACAGCUUAAUUGGCCCACAGACCUGGUCAGCCACACACAGCUACCUUGACCCUUCAUUGGUAACACCAUUUCCAAAUACUGGAUUUAUCAACGGGUUCACAUCUCCAACCUUCAAGCCUGCUGCUUCUCCACUCACAACACUCAGACAAUAUCCUCCCAGGAACAGGAAUCCUAGCAAGUCACAUAUACGACAUACAAUACCCAGUGCAGAAAGGGGACCUGGGCUUCUAGACAGUCCUACAAUAUUCAACUUUUCUGCUGAUCGUUUAAUCAAUGGCGUCAGGAGUCCACAGACGCGGCAGCCGGGACAAAGCAGGACACGGGUGCAGAGCGCUACCAGCAGUUACACCAAGAGGGAAGUGGGAACCGGCCGGGUGGAACAGACCAGCGUUGACUCGUCCCCUGGAUUAGGGAGAGGAAGGAAAAACUCAUAUGGCUACCGAAAGAAAAGGGAGGACAAGUUUACAAGAGGCCAAACACAGUCUCCACCACCCCCAAAACCUCCAUCUCCCAGCUUUGAAUUGGGUUUAUCUAGCUUUCCUCCAUUACCCGGGGCUGCUGGCAAUUUAAAGACUGAAGACCUGUUUGAAAACAGACUGUCCAGCGUGGUAAUAGGAACAUCAAAAGAAAGAAACAUUAAUGUGGAUGCAAGUACAAACACUAUUCCAUCAGGAAUUCCUCGAGAGCCGUUACCAGUUCCUUCUACAUUGCCCAGGACCUUUGAAAGGUCUCCUUCGCCACCCCAGCCUACUGAGGACUCCAAAGUUGUGGAUAAACAGCAGAGAGAGACACAGAGUACAGAAAGACUUUCUUCUUCCACUCUGAGUACUGCAUGUAAAUCGGUACAAGUCAAUGGGUCUGCCAUAGAACUGCGAAAACCUAGUUAUGCGGAAAUUUGCCAGAGAACAACUAAGGAUCCUCCUACAUUGCAACCCCAGAAAGAACAGAAGCCAAACACUGUAGCAUGUGGGAAAGAAGAAAAAAAGCCCACAGAAACAAUAGAGAAAAACAGAGAACCUCCUCCUGCGAAGUCACAUCCUGGACAACCCAAAGACCAGAGAAGACAGUCAGGACGCAGAUCGUCCCCUCCAGCCGUUGGCAAACGCUUAAAUAAAGAACAGAGUACCCCUCCAAAAUCUCCUCAGUGAAAACAACACCUGGGAGGGAUUUGAGAAGAGGUCUGUUUCCCACAAAUUAAACCCAUGUUCCCACUAAGAUACCUGAGAAUGAGUUGCUGGUUAGGAGCUUGCAGUGAUACAAGGCAUGUAACAAUGCCUGCAAGUUAUUUUUUUGUGAAAUACUUUUUCCCCCUCUUGAACAAGCAUUCUAUUUUUCUGGGUAUUUCUGGAUAGUUGUUCUAAACCUUACAUUUAGAUUGGUGCUUAAUUGGAGGUGAAGCUUAGUGUGAUUUUUUUUUUUCAAGGUGUAAAAUAUUUGUCUUUAAAAAAAAAUCAACUUUUUAUUAAGCCUCUCUGUGGCUGUGUGAGUGCAAGCUCUGUAUAGUGAGUUUUUUCUAAACUGUUAAGCAGAAACAUGCUGCUGCAAUAUUUUUAAUAAACUGGUCUGCAAGUACAUAUCUAAAUUAGUGUCCAAAAGACUGAUAAUGGCAGCUAGUGUGUAGAGUGCAAGAAAGUAGAUAUAUUUUACAAAUUAGUAUGUGACCUUGAAGAUUUUUUUUAUUGGGCUGCUGUACUAAGUGUCAGCAAACAACCUUGCACUUUUAGGUUAAAUGAGUAGCUGUUUCUAGCAUUUUUAAAAACUUAAUCUUUUUUUGAUGUUUUGCACACACAAAAUGAAUUCUAGGGCACCAUAGCAGUCUUUCUGAAAUAUUUCCUUUUAUGACUUACUGCAAGCAAGUAACCAUCUUCUCACUCCAGAAUAAAACUGAUGUUAUAAUUUGCAAAUACAAAGCACAUUGUGAAUAGAAAGAAUCAAGUCUGUGAGCUUCUAUGGUGGUGAAGCCUGUUAGUGGAUGUUAUCAGGAGAAAGCAGAGUAGCCUUCUUGUGAUAACCUUAGCUUCCCUGUGCUUGUAAGGGAGUUAACUGAGUCAGCGCUGUAUAUUCUGGUUACCCCUGUGCUCUGUGUAGACUUUU